GGGUACAUGGAAUUCGAAGAUUGGGCAGUAAAAUUUAUAGAUACACCACAAUUUCAAAGAUUGCGUGAUAUCAAGCAAUUAGGAACUGCUUUUUAUGUUUUUCCAGGUGCGACUCACACUCGUUUUGAACACAGCUUAGGAACGGCACACCUUGCUUAUACUUUAACCAAAAGAUUACAGGAACAGCAAGGCAAAAAUGAUGAUGAUGAUCGCAAUCUUAAAUGUGUGACUUUGGCCGCUUUGUGUCAUGAUCUUGGACAUGGACCAUAUAGUCACCGAUUUGAGCAUGACUUUAUUCAAGGUUGCCUAGGAAUGGAAUGGAAACAUGAGGAUGGAUCCAUAACAAUGUUUAAAGAUCUUCUUGAAAAGAAUUCCAUCAAAUUGGGUUCUAACGAUACAUUCCAUGAUGAGGAUGUGGAAAUUAUUGAGGCACUUAUUAAGGGUAAAAGAAAUUGGCAAACCAAAAGAAAAAUACCAAAGUAUCUCUUUGAUAUUGUCAGCAAUGAGCGUAAUUCUAUAGAUGUUGACAAAUUUGAUUACUUCGCACGAGACUGUUAUUAUACAGGAGUGAAACGAUCAUUUGAUUUUUCAAGAUUGAUGCGACUUUCUCGUGUUAUGAAUGAUAAGAUAGUUUAUUAUUAUAAAGAAUGCUAUCUUAUUUAUGAUUUGUUUCAUACAAGAUAUUCUUUACACAAAACAGUAUAUAAACAUCGUAUUGUCAGAGCAAUAGAUCAUAUGAUAUGUGAUGUGCUUAAAGAAGCAAAGCAAUAUUUGGCAAAGAAGUAUGGUUUUGAAGAUUUUAAAGAUGCGAUCUGUGAUGCUGAAAAAUAUAUACGAUUAAGUGAUUCUAUUUUUCAUGAAAUUGAACAUUCGGAUGACAAAGAAAAAGUUAGAGAAAGGAAAUUCUAUAAACUUGUAGAUGAGUGUUUAAUCGAGCCAAAGGACGAGAAUGAGAAAAAAGAAAUUAUAGAAGAAAUUAUUAACAGUGGUGCAACUUUAUGCGGUGAACACUUAAAGAGUGAUGUUGUAAUUGUUGAUUGGCUAGGUUUUGAUUAUGGAAAAAAAGAUAAAAAUCCAGUGAAAUAUGUCAAAUUUUAUAACAAAAUUGACAAAGAACCAUUCAAUAUUAAGCGAGAGGAUGUAAGCUAUCUUCUUCCUAUAGUUUACAAAGAAGAAACAAUUCGAAUAUAUUUACGUACUAAUGGAAAGGAAGAAAAGACUGAGCUAAAAAAAAGUGUUGACCUAAUUAAAAAUGCUUUUCGUGAAAAAGCAAAAAGUCUAAAUAUAAUUAAGUAA